AUGGAAGCAAGCGAACUCGGGAGAUGGACACGGUUCGCCAGCAAAGGCGGCAUUGGGAAGUGCACCGCAUUGGAGGACUGUAUAGCGGAGCAGUCUCAGGAUCUCAUGUUCAUGAAGGAUGACGAGAUCAUAGUUCUCAUGCAAAUAUCUGGUCAACCUGAUACCUAUCUUGGUUAUUGCGAGGGCGUCGUUGGUAACUUCCACGGCGCAGCCGUUCGUUUUCACGGACGUCUCAAGAAACCAGUCCUCACGAAGCGCCAAUCCACUGCUUCU